AGCUAUGUACAAAAACCCGGUUUCAAAAAACGAAUCAUGCGUAUAUCAUGCCGACAACAAUCGAAUGUUUCUUUAUGUAUUUUUCUUAUUAAACGAUUUAAUUAAUUUUUUUUGUUAUAUUAAAAAGGAAGUUUAAGAAAGAAAUAGUCUCGUUAACCAAUGUAGAAAUGACAAAUUUUUCUUGAUUUUUUUUGGUCUUGCAUAACCUUCUAAAUUUUUUUUUGUUUUUAACGACGUGAAAAUAAUCGUUUAAUUUGUUCUUGGCAGUAAAAAAUUUUUAAGAACAAAACAUUCUUGCGAUGUCUACAAUCGAAUUUAAAUAUUAAGUUGCCGAAGAAAAUCAAAAAAUUGUUUACCGAAAAAUAUUCUUUUUCUUUAAAAAACGAAGACUUCACUUUCAUUUCUAAAAACAUUCCAAUUCGUUCCUAGUUUGACAUUUUUCGUUUUAUUUCUUUUUUUUUUUUUUUUUCAAUUUUCAUUUUAAUCCGUUUUGUUUCUUGGUGUUACUAUUUUUGUCUAUACUUGUGUUAGGUAGCAAUAAUCUUUUUCUUCCUCUAUAAUUAAAACCUUCUUAUUUGUCUUCAAAUGACAAAUACCCUUAGUAUUGACAUCGACUCCAUUAUCGAACGGUUACGCGGUGUAAGAGGAUGUCGAGCUGCAAAAGCAGUUGAUUUAUUAGAAAGUGAAAUUAAAGGUUUAUGCCUUUUAUCUCGUGAUGUCUUUAUGUCGCAACCUAUUUUAUUGGAACUAGAAUCUCCUAUCAAAAUAUGCGGAGAUAUUCACGGGCAAUACCAUGAUUUACUUCAUUUAUUUGAAUAUGGUGGUUUUCCUCCAAGUGUUAAUUAUCUUUUCUUAGGAGAUUAUGUUGAUCGUGGCCGCCAGUCAUUAGAAACAAUAUGUUUACUUUUAGCUUAUAAAAUAAAAUAUCCUGAAAAUUUCUUUUUGCUUCGUGGAAAUCAUGAAUGUGCAUCUAUUAAUCGUAUUUAUGGAUUUUACGAUGAAUGUAAAAGACGUUAUAGUAUAAAAUUAUGGAAAACCUUCACAGAUUGCUUUAAUUGUCUUCCAGUAGCUGCCAUUAUUGAUGAAAAGAUUUUCUGUAUGCAUGGUGGUCUUUCUCCUGAGCUCAACCAAAUGAGUCAAAUACGUCGCAUAAUUCGCCCUACAGAUAUCCCUGACACGGGCCUUUUAUGCGAUUUAUUAUGGAGUGAUCCAGAGAAAAACUCUUCUGGAUGGGGUGAUAAUGACCGUGGAGUGUCUUUUACCUUUGGUGCGGAUAUUGUUCAUAAUUUUCUUCGAAAACACGAUCUUGAUUUAAUUUGUCGUGCUCACCAAGUUGUCGAAGAUGGAUACGAGUUUUUCGCUAAGCGCCGCUUAGUAACCCUUUUCAGUGCUCCCAAUUAUUGUGGUGAAUUCGAUAACGCUGGUGCUAUGAUGUCUGUGGAUGAAACACUAAUGUGUUCAUUUCAAAUUUUGAAACCGGUAUCGAAAAAAAAACCAAAAUAAUGUAUUCAUGACAAAAUAAUAAGAUAAAGUAACACCUAAUAGUUUUUUUUUUGUUAAUGUUUUUAAAACUUCAUCUCAAUCGCAAAAGAAACAAAAAUUUUGACGAUGAUUUCAUGGACAAAAUAAAACAAAUAAAGGGAUUUUCUCUGGAUGUUUUUAAAACACGAUGCUUAGUU